AUGUGGCUCCUGCUCACCUUCUCCUUCCUGCUGAUGUCUGCAGCAGCCCAGGACAGUGAUGAAGAGUGUGCGCCCCACUCCCAGCCGUGGCAAGUGGCCCUCUUCGGGCGUGGACGCUUCAACUGCGGGGCUUCCCUCAUCUCCCCGCGCUGGGUGCUGACUGCUGCCCACUGCCAGACCCGCUUCAUGACAGUGCGCCUGGGUGAGCACAACCUGCGCAAGCGCGAUGGCCCUGAGCAGCUGCGUCUUGUUUCGCGCAUCAUCCCACAUCCGGGCUACAAAGCGCGAAGCCACCGCCAUGACGUCAUGCUGCUCCAGUUAGCUCGGCCCGCACGUCUGACCCGCCAGGUGCGACCAGUGCCUCUGCCCACGCGUUGCCCGCAACCUGGUGAGCCCUGCGUGGUGUCCGGCUGGGGCCUGGUGUCAGACAACAAGCCAGAGACCACAGGAAGCUCUGAGUCACAAGUGACCCUCCCAGAUACCCUGCACUGUGCCAACAUCAGCGUUAUCUCCCAAGCGUCUUGUAACAAGGACUACCCAGGGUACCUGAUGGACACCAUGGUGUGCGCCACAGUGGAGGGCAGAGGCACGGACUCCUGUGAGGGUGACUCCGGGGGACCCAUGGUCUGUGGGGGUGCCCUGCAGGGCAUUGUGUCCUGGGGCGACGUACCUUGUGACACUACCACCAAGGCUGGUGUCUACACCAAAGUAUGCCGCUACUUGCAGUGGAUCAGGGAAACCAUGAAGAGGAACUAACUGACCUAACACCUGUGUCCCUGACCAAGCAGAAGUCCCCAUGGCUGGUCAGCAGCCCCAUCGCAACGGAGGAUAGAACUGGGCCCCUCCCCCAGCUCCCAUCCAAGUCUCCAGUGUUAGCCAACAACUUGUGGCACCGAAAGCCAAAGUUGGUGUUUAAGGUCGUCUGUUUAACACCAAGAUAAUGGCACUGAUCCAAGUGUUUCUGUAGGAGAUUCUGUGAUUUUCUUGUGGAGAUGAAGGGAAACAGGAGUCAGCGGCUGGGUGGGGACUGAAGGACAGGGUGGGCUGAUCCAUUUCACCCACUGCCACAACCCCUAGGGGAGGGGAGAUGGCUUCUUUCAGCACAGAUGACCAGCUGUAUGAUCUUGAAUAGGGAGCCCAAGUGCACACAUCCUUGGUUUUCCCAUCUGUAAAAUCGGCUGGUCUUCUCUCUUGCCUCCUACAGCUGAUGUGAGGAUUAAAUGAACUAAUUUGUGAACUGAAC